AUGCCGAAGCCUGCGCGCGCUGAGAUCAGCGCGCCCAGGCUUCGCGGACCUCUCCGCGAGCAGCGGCAGCGCUGCCGCUGCUUGCGGAGAGCUGCCGGCAUGCCGAGCCUGCGCGCGCUGAGAUCAGCGCGCCCAGGCUUCGCGGACCUCUCCGCGAGCAGCGGCAGCGCUGCCGCUGCUUGCGGAGAGCUGCCGGCAUGCCGAGCCUGCGCGCGCUGA